UAUACCCUCGCCUACCCAGGGCGCGCACGCACGCAGCACCGACGAGAGCGGAUCCGAGCCAACGUGUAGAGAGACGACGACACCACACAACGACGGCAACCACGACGACGAAGACGACGACACCACGCGACGACGACGACGACGACGACAACGUCGAACCACGCACCACGCACGCACCAACGCACGCUCGCAUGCACGCAGCCACGCAACUACUUACUUACGUGUAACCGUCCGCGCCACGCUUGCACACACGAUCUCAUCAUCGACGGCGUGUGUAGAUACACGCGGAGAGAGGACGCGCGUAAACGCGCACACGGACACGCGGCCAGCGUGUAGAGAGAGGAACCGUGCACACCUACGGAAAUUCAGACGUAUGGACGAGAGAAUACGAGCGCGCGAGCUAAGCCGGUACGCGCGCGUGCAGAGAAAGAAACACGCUCGUGUGUAACACCGAGGAGAGUGAGAGAGGGACAGGAAGAACGAGAAGGAAGGAGAAAGAGAGAAAAAGUCCGAGGGACACACACAGGAGCGCGCGGGCGCACACAUACAUGCACGCGCAUGCACGCAUACCACGAGACCGCCGAAAAAACUGCACGGGAGAGGCGCAGCAACGGGCAAACCGAACCGCGCGCGAAUCAAGUGCUUUGGCCAGUCGCGUUCCCAAUCACUCUACGACUAGGUAGUCCCCCGGUGUGUCCCAAAGAAGCGGCAGGGAGCUGGUCCUUCGCUCGAUGGUGUCGUCCCGCAAGAUAAUACCGGAUACUUUACCGCGGGAUCCUUCCUUACUGGUCAACGAGAGAGAUCCUACGUUCGUCGAUACAUCGUUCUAGAUCUUUUUCCUCGAAAUCUCGUCGAUCUUCGUCCGCCCGAUCAUUCAUACAUUUUGCGCGUUUCGUGGCCGCAACGUUAUCGUCGUUUCGAAGAUCACACACGGGAGUGCGUAAACGUCGAUCGUCUCUUUUUUUUUUCCUUUCCUUUUCUGUUCGCGCGUUAUCUCCGUCCACGACGACAACACAACGCGGAAGAAGAAAGAACAAUCGAAGAAAAGGAACAGCAGUGAAUAGUCGGACGUCUUGAGCGUCGAUGAGAAUCGUCGCCGAUACCUAUUUACGGUGAUUCACAGUUGCACACGUCGCACGUCGCGAACACUGAACAAGGGAGAGAAGGGAAAAUCCUCGGCAACGGAUCAUCCUUCUUCGUGAUACGCGACCACGGGUGUUACGCUACGUACACGAUUGCUACGACUAUUGCUACGACGAUUUGCUGCUUCACGGACGUGUCUUCUUCGACCCGUUCGUCCUUCGGAGCCGCGAGUGACAUCCGCGUGUAUCGAUAUAUCUGGAUCAAUCGUACUGCUUCGACUACGUGCAAGAUCCACUCUAUCGACGAACGUCUUGAUGCGAGCAGACAGAACGGAUAAGUGAGAUACGAUCGAAAAGAGGAAGCCAGCGAAAAGUAGUAAUAAGUGUGUCUGUAUUUUUGUUGCAUCGCGCAGGCAGGAACAAACGGCGUGGUUUUCCAGCUAAGGAGAAACGGAAGACCGAUGUGACGGUUGACCGAGAAAAAGCAACGACACCUUUUUUCGAUUGUGUUCGCGUUAGCUGUUGUCGUGGAAGACACGAUUCGUGUGGAUUCGCGCGUUGUUCAACGUAAUCACGUUGUCGACGACAUACGAGGAGAAUUUGAAGGCGCGUGUUGCACGACGACGACGAGAUCAGUUGUCGUGGUACGUUGGUCGUGCGUCGUUUUCACGAGGAUGGACCUACCAGUGUCCCCGAGAUCCUCCGGAACGCACGAGACCACGAACGACGAUUGCGUGGCUUAGGGAAUCUCGUGCGGAAUUCAGACUUCCCGGUCUGUGGAUCGUCUCGGGAGACGGCGAGAGAGGAGACAGGCACACAGAAAUCGACACAGAGAGGACGGACAGCGGAGGACGGCAAAAGAAGGCUAGCUCGUCGCGAUCGUCGCAUCCGACAGUCAAACGGUGGGUUUAGCAUCGACGACAAGGACACCGGGCAAAGGAGCCCCACACUUUACUUCGCGCUCAACGAUCAAGGCAACGCGCGCUAUACCGCUAUUGUCGCUGCCGCGCGCGAUCGCAACUAUCAUCAUCGUCGUCGCCACUGUUGUCAUCGUUGCCGACUUUCACGGCCGAUUCUCUCCGCUCACCGAUUUCGAGAUAACACGCAGCGGAUCUCGCGAUCGUAUCCAAGAGACGGACACGUGUGUCGCUAGGCUUCGAGGCUCCUUUUUCGACGCGGCAGCCUGCGAGGAAGCGCGGAGCGGAGCGCGUGAAAAAGCGGCGCAGCCUGCGCUCGAAGGAUGCGCUUCUGAAUCGCGAGCAAAGAGGGGCAGGAGGAACGGAACGCACGUGAGCGACGUGUCUAACACGACAAGUGCCGCAAGAUUUUGCUCGUGCUCGUCGAAGAUCGAGCGCGAGGAAUGAACACGACGACGCUAUCGCGUCGUGGACCGGCGUCGAUUCCGGACCCGUCCGUCGAGAAUGACUUUCCGCCACGACGAAGCAGCACUAGUGGCCGUGUGUAGGGGACUUUUUCGCGAACUUGUGAAGUGCGCACUUUUUUGCGAGGUGGCGUUGUGCAGAUAAAACGCAGAGCGUUUCAAUUCGGCUCAUUGUUUCGGUCAUUAGCUUACGCGGCAUGACGAGUGAUAGGUGUGCUUUCGCGAUAACGCAUCUACUUUCUUCGAACUGUGAUUACUUUCCGGAUAAUGUGUGGUGAAUGUGCCUUAGAAAUACGAAAAGCGUAAAUGCCGUUUAGCCGCGAUCGCUGAGGAAAAGGUGAAUAGAUAUAACGAUGGUAGAUACGCAACACUUUUGUCUGCGAUGGAACAAUUACCAAAGCAGUAUAACGUCGGCGUUUGAAAACUUAAGGGACGAUGAAGAUUUUGUGGACGUCACAUUGGCCUGCGAUGGCAAAAGCCUCAAAGCGCACCGCGUCGUACUUUCCGCAUGCAGUCCCUAUUUUAGAGAAUUGCUCAAGAGCACACCGUGUAAACACCCGGUGAUAGUACUUCAAGACGUAGCGUUCAGCGACUUGCACGCUUUGGUGGAGUUCAUCUAUCACGGGGAAGUGAACGUGCAUCAGCGUUCCCUUAGCAGUUUUUUGAAGACUGCCGAAGUCCUCAGGGUAUCGGGACUUACGCAACAGGCCGACCAAACAGACAGGGACGAGCUAUCCCAUGUACGCGCGUUGGCUGCCGGUGGUAACCACCUUCCCUUUCACGAAAAAUCAGAAGAGAGUUUCCCCCGGGGUGGUUCCCCGCCCACACCAGUAACCCCGACACCGACGACCGUGCAGCAAUUGCUACGCCGAGCGCAGAUACGCAGGAACGAGAGACGAACACCGGAUCCGCACGAUGAGUCGGCGAAGAAGCCGAGGGUGCCGUCGCCGCCUCUCAACAACAACGACGCUACUCCCACGGAUUUCUCGAUGGUGAAGAACAACCAUCUGUCGAGCAAGGUCGAGGGUAACGGCGUGCACGAGGAGAACAGCCCCCUGGAAGACAACAUCAAGUGCGAGCCGUUGGAGCUGACAGGUGGUAACAGCGGUAACGGAGGCAACAACGAAGACUCGUCGGAUUCUGGAGCUGCCGCGUCGGACCGGCCACCCGCGUCGGCCAGCAGUAACGAGCACGAGGCCGAAUCCGAACACACGUCCACCCCGAAUUUUUUGUCCGAAACGAAAAUCUUCCCCACGCCUGGAAGCUUUAAUUUCAGUAUGGCGGCGCUAGCCACGGAGCAUACACCAUUGUCAGUGAAAUUUCCAGGAUUGGGCCACGGGUUGCAACCACCGGACUUGGCAGGAACUUCGCAAGACCGGGAGGUCGCCGAGGAGGACGGGGGUUGGCAGUCCGCUACCAACGGAGACGGUCAACGGCUAACCGGCCAAUCGAGCCAAAGUACGGCAACUAGUCAGUGCGAGAUGAUGCAGGGGCACCAGCAGCAGCAGGAGCUGCCCAUUAUCGAUCUCUUAGACGACAUUAACGAUCAGAUGCAGAUCGUGCUCAAGUCGGAACCUCUGUCGCCGAAGAUAGACGAGCUCGAGUCCUGUUUGCUCAACGAGCAGAUCGAUCUGCAAUCGGAUCGAGGCUCGGCCAACAAUGCUAAUGGUCAGCAGACGCGUCAGCAGAAUGGUAACAAUAACAACAACAACAACAGGCAACACCAGCAACCAAGGACGACGUUGAACGAAACUGUCCCGUUUGCCGAUCUUCGUUGGCUAACGCAGAAUGGUAACAUGCAACCGGCGUCGAAACUUCGCGACGCCUCCAGAACUCAGGUCGAGCAGGAACUUAAAUACUCGAGCCGCUCGAUCACCGGCACUUACUGUAGCUUCUGCCAGAAGACUUUCUCUCGUGCGUGGUCUCUUCAGAGGCACUUGGCGGACACGCAUUUUUACGUACCGCAGUCGCUCUCUUGCGAUCAAUGCGGUAGAAGCUACAAGUCGAGGAACAGUCUGGUCAGUCACAAGAGCCAGUACCACGCGAGAAAAGAGCGAAAGGAACACGAGGAACAAUGCGAGGUCACGUAUUGACCGACAUCCAUGGUUUAGUGACCGAAUUUGCGUCGAGGUUCCGUCUUGCCCCGAGAGAUCUACGCACGAAGGAACGCGGAAUCAAGAGAAGAGAAUACGGCAGAAUCGUUCGACCUUCGAGAUUGUAACGCGAUUAAUCGUCGUUUCUCGUUGCAUGAGAAAGCAAAGAGACGUUCGACCAUCGUUUAGAUAAUUUUAUAAGUACCACGUUGAUUGAGUAGUCGCGUUAUUUCGUUUCGUUUGAAACGUUUGCGUUAGCGUUACCGAGAUAAUAAUUAAUCCUAGUCUUCUGAUCGUAAAACGAGUUACCUCGAUGCACGCCAAAGAGAGUCGCGAAUCGAAACCUACGCAUACGUGUUACCUCAAAGAAUUCACGCGGAACGUCCUGUUCCUCCUUGCCAGUCGAUCGUGUCGCGUUACGCGCGCACCCUUCGAAUAAUAAGUUCCGCCAUCUGGACUAGUUUCGUGCCAAGUUCAUGGCUCGAGCCAGUGUCUUUCCACGGUAAAAUCGAUACCACUCUCCUGUGGUACGACUGUGCUCUUCCUCAUCUACCCCAGAGAUCCAGCCAAAAGGGUAGUUCAUCGCCGUGCCGACGAUAAAGUCGACCUUGUAGCGUUUUCCCAUCGAUUAGCUGCUGGUAUAUUUAUCGAUGGGCGUAUCGCGUGGCUGUGCAAUUUCUCUCGAUCGAGCCAGAAUAGAGUCGCGAACACGUCGUCGGUUCGAAUUUUUGCCGGCAGAGUGGUUUUUCGCACGAAACGCGAGGCUGGUAUCUCGCGAAACGCUCGAACCAAGGACGAAUCUAUUUAUCGGUCGAUUGGACUAUAACCCAUCUAUCUACGAGCCUUGAAAAACAAUUUUUCGGUACCGAUACGGUUGAGAGACUCGUUUUUUCGUAUCGUUUCUCGUAUCGUUCCGUCCGCCACCCCCUCGCCUCGUCUCUGCGCCUUUCUCAUGCACGGACUCACGAUCGCGACCGUUCAUUUUCUAUAGUAUGCCUCGCUGACACGAUCAACGUUGUCGUCGUCGCUUGCCGCGUUAUACACGAAUCGAUCGCUCGCGGAAUCGUAGUUACGCUAAGGUAAACCGCGCGAAACGUAACUGUCGCCCCAUAGUAAUAGCGUGAAUGUCGUUAGA